ACCGGCGCUAUUCUCAGUUUGUGAAUCGGAGUAAAUCAGUAAACACCAGGUGGUGUCCUGUGUCCCGAAAGGGACGAAUAUCUCGUAGGAAAAGAAGCGAAGAAGAAGAAAAGAAGGAGGAGUAGGGAAAAAGUAAGGAAAAAGAAGAGGAGUAAACGCGGAGAUCAUUUCCGCGUGCCACCACUGGCCACCACGGUGCUUGCUUCGGGUACACAUCCGUGGUGUUUGCAUACGGCAUAUGCCAGUUCGCAGCAGCUUCGGCGGCCGGCAGCGUGAGCAGCGGAUCUGUGCGCGCAAGCGUGACACGGGAUUUACAGCAUGGCGGAGCGCAGGAAAAACAGGAAGCGCAAAGAUGAACUAGCCAGUCUGGAUACUAAAGGCGCUCAGGACAAACCGUCCAAGGAAGAGUACGCGGUAGCUAAGUGGAUCCGCAAUAAUGUACCGUCGAAGAAGACCAAAUUCGAUAGGACUCACAAUGUGGAGUAUUUCACUGGGUCGCGUGCAAUCGAUGCCCUAUUGGAAAAUUCACCUUGGAGCACGGUGUUCGAGAAUCGUGAGCAGGUCUCCCAGUUCUUGGAUCUGAUGCUCAGGCAUAAGUUCUUUCACAGAGCCAAGAAGGUGGUGAUAUCGGAGGAAGAACUUAACAAAAUGCGGGGCAUUAAGAAGAAGACUACGAAAGAGGACAAAAAACCCACAGAUAAGGAAGAUUCCAAGGAAAAUAAAGAUGCAGUUGUGGUGAAGGAAAAGGAAGAGAAAGGCGAAGAGAAAAUUGACGAACGGAAGGAACAUAAGAAAAAGCCAAAAGUGAGACUAGAAAUGCACAUGGAACAAUACUUUGUGGAUUGUAAUGACGCGUAUGUGUGGAUAUACGAGCCGAUUCCUGUGUAUUAUUGGUUCUUUGGUACGCUUGUAGUCUUAGGUGCAAUAGGAGUCUGUCUCUUCCCACUGUGGCCCUUAACUAUCCGUCACGGAGUUUAUUAUCUAAGUGUCGCCGCUGCGGGAUUUCUCGUAUUUAUAUUAGCACUGGCUAUCGUUAGAAUGAUUGUAUUCUGUCUUCUGUGGGUACCCACGUUGGGUAGAUGUCAUCUAUGGCUGUUACCUAAUCUUACAGCUGACGUUGGCUUCUUUGCGUCCUUCUGGCCAUUAUAUCAGUAUGAAUAUUAUGGUCCCACGUCGGACGGCGAUAAGAAGAUCAGCAAAAAGAAAAGAAGGAAAGAGAAAGAUUCUGAUUCCGAAGAUGCGCCAUUAGUUCAAGAAGAGAAAGAACCUGUAGCAACGGAAGCGUCUAACGAGGAGUUAGCUUUACCUAGCGAAGAGAGGAAAACUUCAUCCGAUUCAGCCGAAGGAGAAGACGGCAGUGAGGAAGGUUCGGAGAGCGAAAAAUCUAAUACGAGUCGAGAUUUCGUUAUGGUUUAAAACGUGGAAACCGGGCAGUAGAUAGUUUCAUGUUUGCUGGGACAAACAGCUGGGACAGCUGUAUUAAUUAUCGCAUUAAUCAUCACUGAAAUCGAUAUAUGCUUGCGGUUAAUUCGAAUGUCGAAUUCGAUGUACGAAUCUAAGAAACAGACCGUAGCAGAUUCUCCACAUUUAUUGCAUUUAAAAAUACGAUCAGAGAUGAACGAGAGAUGAACGAGUGGGAAAAAUCGCUUGUGACUUUUGCAUGAACAGAAUUUCCCGUAACUGACGUGAAUGUAAAGUAUUGUCUCCAAAAAAAAAGCGUAAGCGUGAUAUAAGGCAUAUUUUAUUCUAUACAUAUAUAAAUAUCUAUAUAAACAUUUGUGUGUAUAAUGAAGAAAUCGUAUUAGGUGUAAUUUCGUUAUCAAUUUCCGUUGAAUAAAUUAUGGUACUGUUCGAA